AUGGGGCCUCUCAGGUCUGGAAAGUCAUUGAAAUCUCACAUUUUGGAGGCCGAGCCAGAUGUGGAAGUGGAACCUGACAAAGAGAAAAAGGAGUAUUUUCCAGAAAGUACACACAGGACACCCCAAAGGAACUCCAGCAGAGCUCAGGGAAAAGCAAAGAAUCGUGCACCUGCUAAAUCCCAGACAUCUCUUUCUACAAAGUGUGUUCAGACUAAAAAACACAAACAGAAUCUCCAGGCCAAAACUCCCCCUGCAGACAGUCUUCAUUCAAGAGGACUUGAAGAGAAAAAAGACACUUCUUCCACCAAAGACCCAAUAGUGGGGCUUAAGCCAAGAGGGGAGAACAGUACUUCCUGCCUGUCUGAAAUACCUAUGCAGGGGGAGGCAGAAGAAUUAGUAGCAGGCAAGCAGCAAACACUGAGUGCUGGAAGGCCUGGAUCUUCCCACAAGACCAUCAAAGACAGCUAUGAAAAAGCCAAGGAGAUGGACAGUACAUUAAGUGCCAAAGAAUCCUUAACAUCAUUAGGGACAGAUAUGAAAGGAGAAUGGAACCCCCUUCUGGCAAAGAAAAACAAUUUGAUCCAUGCUAACAGGAAAUAUAAAUUUGCCACAGCAGAUGAAGUUACCAGUGAAAAAGAGGAUAGGCGAGCUCUGUGCAAAGCAGCAUUAAUCAUGGGACAGAAAAGACUCGGCGACUGCACUGGAAUGCAAAAAACCUCCUCAAACUCUGCAUCUCUUACUGAUUACAACCAUCUGGGUUUUAACCUGAGAUCAAAUAUCUUCCAAGGUGGCCCACUGGAAAGCCGAAGCUUGAUGAAAGAUUCCUACACCCCUGAUAUAACUCAGAGAGUAAUCAGGGAUCCCAAAAACUGGCACGGAAGGAGGAUUGAUGAGCUAGGAAAAUGGCAUGAGAAAAAUGCCCUAAAUUUUAACCUGCAGAAAGCACAGCAGGACAAAUAUGGGAAGAAAAAAAGCAAGUCUUAG